AUGGCCAUGGCUGCGUCUGUCCAGGUCAACUUCUACUCUGAUACUGGCUGCCAGAACUUCAUUGGCUCCCGCUUCAUCGAUUUUGACCCGAACCAGGGCGGUACAUUCCAUAGCGGUGGUCCCUCAGGCUCUCGUGGUGGUCUGUUCGUCAACUCCAACGGAGACAACCUCGCUUUCCGUGGGUUCAGCAACCACCCUGAUGGUAGUAGCCCUUUCACUGGCAACGUCGUUGAUGGUGAAUGCAUUGGUACCCUCAAUGGUGUUGUUGCCGUCUUCAUCGUCUGA